AAGCUCCGCCUCCGAUGCCUCGGUUCAAAUGUCACAUGAUUCCAUCGCUAACUGCCUGCCGAGAAGACUGGGCACAUCUCUGCUUUCCUCACUCGUAGCCAUGCAAAACUGACCACUUUACCAUAUCUACAUCAUCCUCUGACACCAGGAAUGAAGACUUGGGAGUUUAAGUUAACACAAGAGUAGUAUGCUGGACGUGGGAAAGUGGCCGGUGUUUGCCCUCCUGCCCCCUGAGGAACUGCGGCUCAUCCGUCAAGCCUGUGUGUUCGGCAGUGCUGCAAAUGAGGCUAUCUACGUUACCGUCAGUGAUGAGGUAUUUGCACUGGGGACGAACUGCAGUGGCUGCCUAGGGCUUGGGGACACGCAGAGCACCAUUGAGCCCAGGCGAAUAGACAUCUUGUGUGGGAAGAAAAUUGUGUCUUUGAGCUAUGGCACAGGGCCACAUGUAGUCAUCGCCACCGCAGAUGGAGAAGUAUAUUCCUGGGGUCAUAAUGGCUACAGUCAGCUGGGUAACGGCACCACUAACCACGGCCUUACUCCUGCCUUGGUUUCCACCAACCUAAUCGGCAAGAGGGUGACAGAGGUGGCCUGCGGCUCUCACCACACCAUAGCCCUCACCACAGAGGGAGAGGUGUAUGCUUGGGGAUACAACAACUCUGGGCAGGUGGGCUCUGGAUCCACGGCCAACCAGCCCUCCCCACGCAGGGUCAGCAGCUGCCUGCAGAAUAAGGUGGUGGUCAACAUCGCCUGUGGACAGCUCUGCUCUAUGGCCGUCCUGGACAAUGGAGAGACAUACGGCUGGGGUUAUAACUGCAAUGGGCAGCUUGGUUUGGGCAACAAUGGCAACCAGCAAACCCCCUGCCGGAUCGCCGCCUUACAGGGAAUCAACAUCGUACAGGUGGCAUGUGGAUACGCACACACACUGGCUCUUACAGACGAAGGGUUUAUUUACUCUUGGGGUGCAAACUCAUAUGGGCAGCUGGGUACUGGCAACAAAAGCAACCAGGCUGUGCCCACCCUCAUCAAUAUGGAAAAGGAGAGAAUGGUGGAGGUUGCUGCGUGUCACACCAGUCACACAUCAGUGGCGAAAACACAGAGUGGUCAGGUGCUGAUGUGGGGUCAGUGUCGGGGUCAGGCUGUGGCCUACCCUCACCUCACACACUUCACCAGCACUGAUGAUGUUUUCGCCUGCUUCGCCACACCAGCAGUCACCUGGCAUCUCCUGUCUGUUGAUGGAGAUGACUACCUGACUGUUGCCCAGUCGCUAAAGCGAGAGUUCGACAGCCCAGAAAUCUCUGACUUAAAGUUCCUGGUUGAUGGGAAGUGUAUUCAUGUGCACAAAGCCCUUCUUAAAAUCAGGUGUGAGCAUUUCCGAGCAUUGCUGAACGAGACCGAUGAAGAGACCAUAGAGAUUCAUCAGUUCUCUUAUCUGGUGUAUCGCGCAUUUCUGGAGUACCUGUAUACUGAUACCAUCAACCUCCCACCUGAGGAUGCCAUUGGUCUUCUGGAUUUGUCCACGUACUACCGUGAGAGUCGUCUGAAAAGACUUUGCCAGGAGACCAUCAAGAGAGGCAUCACAGAGGAGAAUGCUAUAACACUGUUUUCAGCUGCUGUCAAGUAUGAAGCACGGGAUCUGGAAGAGUUCUGUUUCAAGUUUUGCGUUAACCACCUGACAGCUGUCACUCAGACACAGGCCUUCGCUGACAUGGACCACGAUCUGCUGAAGAACUUCAUCAGCAAAGCCAGCCGCUACGGGGCCUUCAAGAACUAACAGAAAGAUAUAGUCGAAAGAGGUAUUCUGCUUUGGCUCUGCAACAUCUAGGCAAGUUCUCAAAUACCUCAGAUGUGGAGUUAGAGGAGCCAAAUUCCUGUGGUUCGCGUGUGAAGAAGUGGGAAAGGCCACUGCACUGGUUGCCUUCUGGGUCCCAGUGCCUUUAAAUUACAUGACCAUCUGAAGCCCUAUUUAAGCGGAAGAAUUCAAGACUGGAUUCAAAGGGACCAGACAAGUCUGAAAAGAUUGUAUUGAAAUAGCUAAACAAAAAGAAACACCUCUGAGGUGCUUUAUGAGCAAGGGAUUCAUCUGUGCAUAAGCAAAAGGGAAGACCAUCUCAUGUAGGAGAUGGUUGAUGGAGAAAGAGUUGCUUUUCUGUUACUGAACUAUUGUUUUUGGUCAAGACCAUAUUAAUUUGCAAUAUAUUUUAUAUAUAUAACAGAUUGGAAAGUUAGUCAGCCAAACACGUUGUCCAUCUCAUAUACAUCCAUUAUUGUCAUGAUGGCCUUUAUAAAGCAGGCCAACAGCCGAACUUCCUGUGGGGUUUCAAAGAUAAACCUGUGUCAUAGGAUAUUAUGAUUUCAUUUUUUUUUUUUCAUGCAUCAGAAGAAACUUUACACCAUAAUAUGUCAUUAUAGUGGUAUAGCAUUAUUUUUAAAUGUAGCAUUUACAAUUUACAGAUCCAACUAAUGUCAUAUACUUCUGUUAUGUUUGCGCUCUUUCUGUGUAGCAGUAUUAUUUUGAAUUUGUCAGAAAGGUCAAUGUCUGUCAAUGUCAUAUUUUUUUAUAAGCACUAACACGAGUGUUCGGGUGAAUCUCACAAAAACUCUCUGGGGAACAGUCCAGACCAUAUUUCACCCCAUAGUGAAAAGAGAAAAAAUAAAGACAUUUUGCAUAAAGGAAAACCUGGUUGCAGGACAUUUAAAUUUUCCCCAAUUCCCAUUACUGUAAGAAUGUAAUAACAAUAUUAAUAAUAAACAAUGCAUAUAUAUAUAUAUAUAUAUAUACA